AAGGAUUUGAGGUAACACGCCCUCUUCCGGCCAACUCAUCUGAACUCUGCUGUCAGUUCAAAUGUGUCACUUUUUACCAGACUGUGAAAUAAUACAUCGCUACUUUGAAGUAGACAGAAGAUAGGGAAACGGUCAAAAUGGUGUUGCUGACGAUAAUUGCUCGAGUCGCCGACGGGUUGCCACUUGCUGCAUCUAUGCAAGAAGAUGACCAGUCUGGACGAGACCUACAGAAGUAUCAGAGUCAAGCCAAGCAGCUUUGUCGAAAACUGAAUGAACAGAGUCCUGCACGAUGUACUUUAGAGGCAGGUACCAUGUGCUUUCACUAUGCCAUUGAGAAAGGAGUGUGUUACUUGGUCUUAUGUGAAGCAGGAUUCCCAAAGAAACUGGCAUUUGCCUAUCUAGAGGAUCUUGUGGGAGAAUUCAAUGAGCAGUAUGGGAUAAAGGUCUCAUCAGUAUCACGGCCAUACUCUUUUAUUGAAUUUGACACAUACAUACAGAAGGCCAAAAAAUCUUACGUUGACAGCAGAGCACGAAGAAAUUUAGGCAACAUCAAUACAGAGUUGCAAGACGUCCAAAGAAUUAUGGUUGCCAAUAUAGAAGAGGUUCUCCAGCGUGGUGAAGCCUUGUCUGCUUUGGAUUCCAAAGCUGCUAACCUGUCCAGUCUGUCGAAGAAAUACCGCAGCGAUGCCAAAUAUCUCAACACACGGUCCACCUAUGCUAAAGUAGCCGCCGGUUCUGUCAUUUUCAUUACACUCCUUGUCUAUGUACGAUUCUGGUGGCUGUGAAUGUAAAUGAUAAAUUAAAGCAAAACUCUCAGGGGUUCAGUCCAAAAAAUUUUUGGACACCAAAUAGUUCACCAUGGCCUUAAGGUUAUUUCUGAGAGACUUUACAGCCUCUAUGAAAAGUGUUUUGUCAAGUUCACAAUGCUAUCGUCUUUUCAGUUUUAUUGUAACUAUUUAUAACUGUUAGUUAUAGGUAGUGAUAAAUGUACGUUUGUGAGAAAUUUUUCUGUAUGUUCGUAACAGAGGUCUUACUGAGCCAUGCAAAGUGUUUGUGAUGUCCAUACAAAAUCAUGUGCUUGUGAUUUAUUUGUAAAUUGUAAGGAAUGUAAUACAUAGAGUACAAAAUCAUUGCAAAGGUUUAUUGUUUACAAGUUAAACAUACUUGAUGCAAUACAAAAAAACAAAACACUUUAAUGCACUCACACUCAUGUUCACAAAGAUGAGCAUUUAUGUCUGCAAAGGAUUUUUAAAAAUUUAGAAUAAAAUAAAACAAAAGCUGCUCUUGUGUUGGUCAUCUCGUCUGCUGUAAAGCCAAUUCCUUAUAAUUGGAAGCAGGAUA